AUGGACAAAAUAAUCACUGGGAUGGGCGGUAGUCCGCAACUUUUCAGUGGAUCCAUUAUUCCAAGUGUGAUAAUUUCGAUUUUCCUAGCAGCCGCAAUUACCUUUCUCAUUUGGCAAUCAUCGACAGAGUCAAAUCAGUUUCGCAUCAACAUGGAGUCCGAGGCGACUGUGACUUCAGAACUGGCGAAGGAUCCAAAGCAGAGGGCCUCCUCGGUCUUUAAGAGUCUAUACCAUGAUCACCACAAUAUAUUGAAUCACAUGAAGCAAGACUCCUCAAACUCAACGCAGGAAAACGAAUCGAUUAUUCUCGAAAAAGCGCGGGCCUGUGGAAAAUGGGGCACAGCAGAGCCCAGCGAAUUAUUUCUUCAAGUGUACCAUGAUGCACUCAGCGCGGUUGAAAAUAAGCCUGAAACCGGAGUCGUCUCUCCUCCCCUGUUUGGAAGUACCGGGGUAGUCCCUCUGACAAUAGUUUCGCCUCUACCUGAUCUUUGCCGCCACCUCGGAAAUUGUAUUGCCAGAGCUGAGCAUGAGGUGUUCCUUGGCACAAAUUUUUGGAUACAUUCUGGUGCCGCCACCUUAGUUACCAAUGGAAUUCGCGAGCUUUCGAAACGAGCCGGCGAACGUGGACGCAAAGUUGUGAUGAAGAUGGUCUAUGAUAGAGGAGACCCUCGUCAGCUAUGGGAUAACCGCUUAAGUGUCCACGAAGACAACUACACCAGCGAUCAAGUUAACCUUCCGCACCCAAACGAAAUUCCCAAUGUUGAUCUCCAGGUAAUCAACUUCCAUCGGCCAUUACUCGGCACAUUCCACGCCAAGUUUACCGUUAUAGAUCGUCGCAUUGCCCUUCUACAAAGCAGCAAUAUCCAAGAUAAUGAUAACCUCGAGAUGCUCACCCACAUCGAGGGUCCGAUUGUUGAUUCAUUUUAUGAUACAGCUUUGCUAUCAUGGGGCAAGCCACUCGAUCCACCUUUACCUCUUUUGAGCUCGCCGGCCUCAAAUGCGCCGAUUCCUUCUCAUACAAAAGAGGAGAAAGAAUCCCCCGAGCAAGAUCUGCAAGAGCUCCCAGAGCAUACAACAGAGUCAGAGCACUAUGAUGAUAAUCUUGAACUUGAGGCGGAGAGGGUGAACCGCAGCAUCUCACCCCGUGGAAACGAGACACCGACUCAAGCAGUGACUCGCCAUUUGAACACAACCAUUCAGCCUGACACGACUGGUGAUGCACCGGACACUGACCAAGACCCGAGAAUGAAACUUUACGGCCUCUUGCCUCGCCACGACCCUGUACCCAUGGCUCUUGUGAAUCGGUAUUCAUACGGAUCACCAAAUCAUGACAGUGAUCAUACGCCGCAGAAUAAUGCCUGGAUCUCCGCAAUCAAUCACGCCAAGCACACCAUCUUGAUUCAAACCCCAAACAUGAACGCUGAACCACUUCUUGAGCCACUCCUAAAUGCCGUUCGCCGGGGCGUGAUAGUAGCGUGCUAUUUGUGCCUGGGCUACAAUGACGCAGGCGAACUUCUCCCAUUUCAAAAUGGUACCAAUGAAAUGAUUGCAAAUCGACUAUACAACGCCCUUGAAUCCGAAGAGGAAAAGAGCAGAUUGCGUAUCUGCUACUACGUCGGAAAAGAUCAAACGCGCCCUAUCCAUAACUCUUUCAAGAAGCGGAGUUGCCAUAUUAAAUUGAUGAUAGUUGAUGAGCAAAUCGCCAUUCAAGGAAAUGGGAAUCUUGACACACAGUCGUUCUACCACAGCCAGGAGGUCAAUGUAUUGAUUGACUCGAGUUUCAUUUGCAAAUCUUGGUUGGAACAAAUCAAUGGGAAUCAAAAUACACUCAAGUACGGUGCGGCUAGUAGCAAGGAUGGCUGCUGGCAUGACCCUGAGACUGGAAGAAUCCCAGAUGGAUCAGUGGGUACAAAUCCGGGGAGAUUUGGCUGGGCCAAAGGGGCUGUUGGGGCAAUUAAACGCGUGCGAGGCGUUGGUGGGUUCUGA